AUGUCCUUCUACAAAUUCGUUGUCGGAGACUUCAAUGGAAAACUAGGGAAGGAUACACAAGAGGAGUACAGGAUCGGAAGAUUUGGACUAGGGGACCAGAAUGAGAACGGCAAUCGACUUGGAAAAGAACAGCUGCUAUCGGCAACGGAGGAGAAAAGAAGUCGUCUACGACGAUUGCGUACUCGAGGACUCCUUGUCCCAAGAAAAGCGUUGCAGGAGGAUCUUUCGAAAUACAGGCAGAAGAUUCUGGAAGCAGCACAAGCAAGAACGAGUCUAAAGAAGUGCCGAAGGGAUCUCUGCGAAUAUAACACUCCGCUAGUAGCUUUGCUGCGUGAAGACGGGACUCGCACGUCUUCUCGUCGUGAGAUGGAAAUUAUUACGGAGAGGUUCUACUCGAACCUUUUCCGUUCAUCAACUCCUGUGUCAAGCCCAACCAUCCCCACUGGCGAAGCUCCACCACGGAUUCUCCCUUCGGAAUUACGAGUCGCUAUCAAAAGCAUGAAACCUGGCACAGCCCCGGACCUGAUUUUAUUUCUUCGGGCUGGUGGCCAUCCACUUCAUGUAAUCUUAGCAGUGCAAAUGACAUUUUACCUUCAGAAAGAAAGAAUCCCAGACCAGUGGAAGACCUCGCGAACCGUAAUUAUCGUCCAAUGUGCUUGGUGCAGCAAACCAAGGAGACUUUGCAACUAUUGUCACUCUGACAACCAUCGCACGGCUUUGUGCAUAUUGCCGGAGCGUAUGAGAGACUACUAUCAGGAAUACGAUGAACUGUGCGAGGAACUCGAGACGUGCGAGGACUACUGUGAACCAUCAAUUUCUGGUGCAGCGGAGCAUCACGGAGGCGAUAGACAGUAA